CCCAACACCUGGUCAAUCCCAGAUCGCCCAACCAUGUCUUCAAACUCUUCCUCAUCUCCUUCCAAGCUCCAAUCCUCUUCCAGUAAUGGCUCUCCUUCAACAGACCUCCCUUUAAAGCCCAUCCCAGGCAACUAUGGCCUACCCUUUUUUGGUCCCAUCAAAGAUCGCCUUGACUACUUUUACCGCCAAGGAAAAGAUACCUUCUUCCAAACCCGAAUUCAAGAACACCAAUCCACUGUCUUCCGAACCAACAUGCCUCCAGGACCAUUCAUAUCCUCCAACUCUAAUGUCAUUGCUCUCCUUGAUGCUAUCAGCUUUCCCAUCCUCUUUGAUACUUCCAAAGUCCAAAAACUAAACGUUUUUGUCGGCACUUACAUGCCUUCCACAGCUCUCACCGGUGGUUACCGUGUUUGUGCUUAUCUUGACCCUUCUGAACCCAAACAUGCCCUUCUCAAGCGCUUGAUUUUCUCUAUUCUCGCUUCUCUUCACGAUAAAUUCAUCCCACUUUUCAGAAACUGCUUGUCUGAGCUUUUCGUCAACCUUGAAGACCAAUUCUCUGACAAAAGCAAAGUAUACUUCAACACCAUUAGUGACAAAAUGUCUUUCGACUUUGUGUUUAGGCUCUUUUGUGAUCAAAACCCUUCAGAUACACGCCUUGGAUCAAAGGGUUCGACAAUGUCUGAUAAAUGGUUGUUUUUUCAACUUGCACCAUUGAUGGCACUAGGGUUACCAAAGUUGUUGAACUUUGUCGAAGAUGUACUACUCCAUACAUUCCCAUUACCAGCUUUUCUUGUUAAAUCUGACUAUAAUAAGCUUUAUAAUGCUUUUUAUGGGUCCAUGGCUUCGAUUUUGGACGAAGCUGAGCAAAGUGGAAUUAAAAGAAAUGAAGCUUGUCAUAAUUUAGUGUUCAUGGCUGGUUUCAACACCUAUGGUGGAUUGAAAACUUUGCUUCCUGCUUUGAUCAAGUGGGUUGGCUUAGCAGGAGAGAAGUUACACCGUGAGUUGUGUGAUGAGAUCAGGACCAUUGUUAGAGCUGAAGGUGGGAUCACUUUCUCUGCGUUGGAGAAGAUGACUUUAACUAAGUCAGUGGUUUAUGAAGCACUUAGGAUUGAGCCUCCAGUUGCGUUCCAAUACGCUAAGGCAAAGGACGAUUUGGUGGUCCAUAGCCAUGAUGCCGCUUUUGAGAUCAAGAAAGGGGAAAUGAUCUUUGGAUAUCAGCCGUUAGCUACUAAAGAUCCAAAGGUUUUUGAGGAUCCUGAGGAGUUUGUGGGCCAUAGGUUUGUGGGAGAGGGAGAGAAGCUUUUGAAAUAUGUUUAUUGGUCUAAUGGAAGGGAGAUUGAUGAUCCUACGGUGGAGAAUAAGCAGUGUCCGGCGAAGGAUUUGGUGGUGUUGUUGUCUAGGGUGAUGUUGGUGGAGCUUUUCCUCCGUUAUGACACGUUUACGAUUGAGGCUGGGACGUUGUUGUUGGGUUCAUCAGCCACGUUCACUUCAUUGACCAAAGCUACGAGCAUUUGAUUUUGGUCAAAUGGGAGGGAGCUAAGCGAUGGUCUUAUUGGUGGAGAGUAAACAGUAUCCAACAAAGGAUCUAGUGAUGCGGUUGUCUUAUGUGUUUGGAUUUUUACUUAUUGGUGGAGAGUAAACAGUAUCCAACAAAGUAUCAUUGGUGGAGCUUUACUUAUGUGUUUGGAUUUUUUUUGUUUUGUUUUUUACCGACUUAUUUGUUGAAAUUGGAAAAAAUAUUUAGAAAAAAAAAAUUGUGUUAAAAAAUUUGUAUCUAGGGAAAAUGUGAGGUUUAAAAACCAUUUAUUAUAUAUGCAAUCAGUUAUUGUUUAA